AUGAGCCAGGCCGAGGGGAAGCUACGGAGGGGAAAGAGAGAAAGCAGGUGGGACUGGAUGACAGUCAAGACUACCCAAGAAGAUCCUCAGGAACGACUGGAAACGUUCAAGGAGCAUCGGACGAACUGGCUCAGCCCGUCCAUACGUGUCUGGAAGUCCUGGACCGAACGUGCAAAGGCACCAGCCUGGAGUCUGCAGCUACGCGACGAGGAUACUCUCAAGGUACUGGGUACCACGGACAAGUAUAGGUAUGACUAUAAUAAGCAGGGUAUCCGGUACUUGGACCUCCUUCUGCAAAAGGAGGGACUCUGGAAAACGCGCCAGUGUUUCACCAGUGGCCGGGAGAGCCCCAGUUUUGCACGGUGGCAGAGCCACGGUUGA